AAGGGCGAAGCAUAUAAUUAGGGAUUUUUUUUGGCGGUGGUUUUUUUAGGGCUCCUCCUCAACAACCCGACGCGACACACACUCUCUCACCUCUGACGGCGUUUUUCAAUCAAUCACCGUUUCUGUCUUCCGUCUCUACAUCGAUCUCACGGGAAUGAGAUGUCUGAGAAUGAGAUUCGUCCGAUCAAGCUGAAGGCUAGCUCGGCGAUGAUGAUGAUGAAGCAUAGGGAAGGAGAGGGUAACAACAACAGCUCCUCAGGGAAGGGUUUGGUUAAAGUUAAGUUAGAGAAGGACAAACACGUUUCUUCUGAUGAGAGCUUUAACGGUAAAGCUUUGGUUACUGUUAAGUUAGAGAAGAAGGAAGAAGAAGAAGAAGAAUCUGAUCUUCUUGGUGUCUUGAAGAGAAAACGGAUCUCUAGAUUAGUUGAGAAUUCGAGAAGAUUCUCAGUUAAGAGUGAAAGCAGUUCAGAGAAGCAGAAACAGAAGACGUGUCUUCGUAGAGGAAUGAUUACUCGUUGGAAUACUGAAAGGCUUGAUAAUGCGGAGUUAGCUUUAUUUGAGAUAUUGAAGGAGAAAGGAGCUUCUUUUGAGAGGCCUGUUCCGAGGGCUGAGUUACGAGUUUCAGCUCGGAAGAGGAUCGGUGAUACUGGGUUGUUGGAUCAUUUGUUGAAGCAUAUUGAUGGGAAUGUUACUCCCGGUGGUGCUGAGAGGUUUAGGAGGUGUCAUAAUACUGAAGGGACUAUGCAGUAUUGGCUAGAGAGUGCUGAUUUGAUUAAAAUUAAACUUGAGUCUGGGGUUUGUGAUUCUAAUUGGGCUCCUCCUUCUUGGUGGAAGUUUCAGGGUGUGAAUGGUGUUGUUAAACUUGAGCCUGGGGUUCAUGAAUCGUCUGAGUCACCUGCGAAGAUGAAGGAAGAAAUGGAUAAAAUGAGGAGUGAGAUCAAAGAACUUGUAUCUGAUUUGGCCCUAAUUAAACGUGAAUCUGGAAUUCGUGAUCUGGACUCUAUUCCUCUAGCUCAGUGGAAGAUUCAGAGUUCAUCAAAAGAAUCAUCUGCCGUCUCAUAUAAGCUUAGGGAAGAAAUUGAUAAAAUGAAGAGUGAUUUAAAAAAACAUAUAUCCAAGCCAGAGUUACCAAAUAAUCCUGAUUUAAAUCAGAAAAUAAUCAAGGAUUUUAUGAGUUGGAAGGUAAAGACUGAAAAGCAAAUUGCGGAGAUCUCAAAUUCGUUGGCAUCGACACAGUGCAUGGUUAAGGAAUUUGUUUCGUGGAAAGAUAAAGUAGAACAGCAGCUGGUGGGAAUUUCAAACUCGCAGAACAAUCGACAAGCACAUGGGAGAAAUUCCUUCAGUCCAGAUCCUCAAAGCUGGGAACAUUUAUUGCACAGUACCAACUUGGAUGAUUUUACUGGAGACGGUUUUGAACCAUGGGAUGUUGAUACUGACCUUAUCGAUGCUUUACCAGAGGCUGAGGCUGUCAGGCUGGAUACCUACUUGCUUCCACCAAAGGCUCGCAAAAGCUCUUUCCAGGACCAUAUGUGGUUUGAGGAGCAGUCAGUGCUCAACUCCGAAAUGCAGAGGACAGAGAGCUGCAUGACCAGAGGUGAUUCCAGAAGCUCCAAUCAGGACAAAGCGGAGUUGACUCCAGGUUCUUCCAUGACUGCAGGUCCAAGAUCAGAUAUUGAGGACCCAAAUAUUAUUUCUCAGGAAACGUUGAAAGAGUUGGUGAGUUGGAAAGCGAAAGCGGAGCAGCAGCUAAUGGAAAUUUCAGAGGCUGUGCGAGCUCUUCAGGGAUGAUAAUCAACCGAAACUGGUCUUUACCAUAUACACAAGGGCACCGUU